UAAUUCAUCUCGAGGAUAGAUGUGCGAAUUCUCGAUUACAUAUUCUCUCGAGGAUAGAUGUGCUAAUUGCGACUCUUUAGUCUGGAAUCCCCUUUAAAUCGCGUGGUUUUUGCCAAGCUUGGUGCCCAAAAUUCUGUAGUUCCAGUUGCAUCGACUAGAACAAAAUUUCUGUUGUUCCAGUUCGUAAGCACAAAGCAGAUUCGUGAUUUUCCUCGAUUCCCCAAUGGCAUCGGAGGACGCGCUGAAGCCAUCCAACCCCACCACCAGCCCACCCCCAAUCGCCGCACCACCACCAUCCGCCGCCGCCGCCGCCGACGCAACCGCGGAACGCCCUCCCCACAUCGCGCCUUUCGCAUUCGUCUUCCUCGCGGCGCUGAUGUCCGUGGUGUUCUACGUCGAGCCGUUCGUGGCCGCCGCCGCCGAGCUGCGGUUGCCCUGGCCCGUCGUCGUCGUCACUCUCGUCUUCUUCGCCGCGUUCUUCUGCGCUUCGGCCCUCCUCUUCGGCUCCUUCUUCCUGCCCCGCCUGCCGCCUGCCGCGGCGGCGGCGGCGCAGUGGGAGGGAAUCGGGGCGAUCGCCGUUGCCGUGGGGGUCGGGGUCGUGGCCUGCCUCGUCGCCGCCGGCGGAUCCGCGUAUGGAACUAUGCAGUGGAAGAGGUAUCCUAUGCAUACCUGGAUAACAAACCUGGAACUCUGGCGGUGAAACUGGAUAUGGAGGCACCUUGUUUGCAGUUGAAGCUUACUAUCCACAAAGUCGUUGAUGUAACCUGGAUCCUUUUGCGGCAGUCUUCAUUUUGUCAGAUUAUUUUCUUGGCAGAACUGAACAGUUGAAGAGGUACCCUGCGCAAACCUGGACAAUAAACCUGAAAUUCUGGUUGUGGAACUGGACAUGGAGGCACUCUGUGUGUAGCUUGCAUUCUUAUUGAGGCAUGUGAUGUGACUGCUAAUGCGUGAUAUGUAUCGAUGGCAUUUCAAUUAUCUCUUGUAUGUUCAGCUAGUCUCUGAAACUUCCUUCUGGCAACAGGUUUGGAGUUGAAGCUUACUAUCCACAAAGCUACCGAUGUAACCUUGACCCUUCCCGGCAAUCUUUGUUUUGUCAGGUGAGUCAUGCUUGCCCCUGUGACCCAGCAUUCCUAUUGACUGAUGCAACAUGCGUUUAGUUCAGCUUGCUAUUAUUAACUGACUCCAUCAACAUCUUCUUGUGAUAGUGUCAGUUUCAUUUAUAUCAUUUUCAUUAUUCUAUUUUGUCAUUUCAUAUAAACGCUUGGCAGGUUUCCAAAUAUUGGACCAAAAACUAAAAUGAGCAAAAUGCAGGAAGCAUUGGGUAACCAUUUUACCAAACC